AUGCCUUUCAUAACGGCUGUUUCUCACUUAGUAGCAUGGAUAAUUCAUGAAAACACCUCAUCUAAAAGUCUAAAACCAAAUGUUAAAUGUCAAAAAAAAACUGACCUGCGGGUCACAGGUAUGCUUAAAGACGUGGAGGAGGAGUUACAGAGAAAAGUCAAGAGCACGCGCACUAGACAAGGAGAGCAGCGAAACGCUGAGAUAGAGACGGAGCAUCAGCAGUAUUUGGCCCUUUACAACAGAAUCAAGUUCAUUCGUUUGCUGCUGACUGCUCUGAUUGCCUUUACAAAGAAAGAGACCAGUUCAGUUGGGGAAGCCCAGAAGCUGAUGGCUCAGGCUGCUGACCUACUAUCGGCCAUCAACAGCAGUAUACAUCACGGCAUCCAGUCACAGAAUGACACCACGAAAGGAGACCACCCUAUCAUGAUGGGAUUCGAACCCUUGGUCAACCAGAGAUUGCUGCCCCCAACCUUUCCCCGCUAUGCCAAGAUCAUCAAGAGGGAGGACAUGGUGGUGUACUUCAGUAAGCUCAUAGAGCGCAUCAAGACCGUUUGUGACGUCAUCACCACCAUCAACCUCCAUGGUAUCCUGGACUUCUUCUGUGAGUUCAGCGAGCAAUCCCCCUGUGUUCUCUCCAGGUCCCUACUACAGACGACGUUCCUGAUCGACAAUAAGAAAGUGUUUGGAACCCACUUGAUGCAGGACAUGAUCAAAGAUGCCCUCAGGUGUUUCGUGAGUCCACCGGUCCUAUCCUCAAAGUGCUGUCUUUUCAACAACCACCAGGCCAAAGACUAUAUUGACUCCUUCGUCACACACUGCUCCAGGCCCUUCUGCAGUCUGAUUCAGAUCCAUGGAUACAACCGUGCUCGGCAGAGAGACAAGCUGGGCCACAUCCUGGAGGAGUUUGCCACAUUGCAGGAUGAGACCAUGGUGGCGUUGGAUAUGGACGGAAAGGUGCGCAAACCCAGCUUUGAGUUGGACAGCGAGCAGGUUCGCUACGAGCACCGCUUCGCCCCCUUCAACAGCGUGGUCACCCCUCCCCCCGUGCACUACAUUCAAUUCAAGGAGAUGUCCGACCUGAAGAAGUACAACCCUCCACCGGGAUCCUCUGACCUCUACCUGGCGGCCAGCAAGCACUUCCAGCAGGCCAAACUCAUCCUGGAGAAUGUCGCCACGCCGGACCCAGAGGUGAACCGCAUCCUCAAGGUGGCCAAACCCAACAUGGUGGUCAUGAAGCUCUUGGCCGGGGGACACAAGAAGGAGAACAAGGUUCUCCCAGAGUUUGACUUCUCAGUCCACAAAUACUUCCCCUUGGUGAAGAUCAUUUGAUUCAGAGGAACCCUUUCAAGACUCGAUACUUUGCAGAAAAUCCUCAACCAAGUGCGCCUGACAGACUGUCUAUGUUCAGACGAUUGAAACCAGACUACACUGCAUACGUCUGAAAUCUUGAGUACGAUCUUUGUGGCAUUGUACACAUCAGUAUUUUUGCCAAGGUGUGUCUGUUUGUAUGUGCGCAUGUUUUUGUUCAAAUUUUCUUUGGUGAAAGCAUGCUUAGUGUGUUUCAUGCAAAGGUGUGUUGUUUUGAGACCAUCAAUGAUCCAGACUAAAGUAUAAGGUUACGUAUAGAAUCAAGUCACUGUUUUUGUUUUUAUUUUAGGUUGGAUACACAAUUGGGGUUUGGGGCAAAUUAAGCUAAUAUUGAGCACAAAGCCUAGUCCAGCUAGGUCUACGUUCUUCAGUAUUUACUUCGUCCUUUAAAACUAGGACAGAGUCCAAGAAUUUUUUUAUUGUGUAUAAAUAACUGAUGUGAUACUUUAGAGAAAUAAACCUGCUGAAGAUAUGUUUGGAUUUCCGAUAUUUGUGAAAAUAAAACCUUUUUUGUUGUAAUUUCAACUUCCCAAAAACCCAUUGUAAAUAUUUUAUAAACAGUUGAAUGCCACAACUUACUUGACUUACACUUAAAAUGAACACAUGGAAAUUCAUAAGGAGACACAAUUUUAUUAUGUCUGUUGAGUAUCUCAUUGGAUCUAAGAGACUUUUACAGCUCAAUUAAGGAUUUUCUCGCAUGGUUUUGGUAAUCCAGUCCAGGUAGAAGCAGAUAUCAAGAAUCUCCGAUACGUUGGUACAAUCGUUC